UUUGUUUGGUUAGGUUGGGAGCGGGCGGCAGCAUAUGGCAGAAACUCUUCUAUGCAGGAGUUUUGCUCUUAAGAAGCUGAUUAAUACCCAACUGCUUUUCUUUGUAGGAAAACUUCACGCUACAGCCCUGUUACCUUCGAUUCAUCACCCAGCAACAUCUCAUACUUCAAAGCCUGGGACGGCUCUCUCUGCUGCCUGACUCUGCCUUGAAUUGACAGACAACACGUCUUGAACAGGCUUUCUCUGCUUACUGCGCCGAGUGAUUUGUUGCGAUGGAUUGUAUUUGGACCUGCGCAACGUGUGGUCAGCAGAGCCUGCUCUAGUCUCAGAACUGACUGAGUCAAGAAAACCAGGAUGACAAACGAGCCUAUUAAAGAGAUCCUGGGAGCGCCAAAGCAUCCUGAUCCUGUAACCGCAGAGAAGAGCAAUAACAAUGACUGUGUGAUAACCACCAUCCCCCUGGUCAGCGAAUGCCAGCUGACGGCAGCGACGGGGGGAGCAGAGCUCUCCUGCUACCGCUGCACCGUCCCCUUUGGCGUGGUUAUCCUCAUAGCUGGUGUUGUGGUUACUGCCGUGGCGUACAGCUUCAAUUCCCACGGAUCGAUCAUCUCGGUGUUUGGAUUGGUCCUCUUGUCAUCGGGACUCCUUUUGCUGGCUUCUAGCGCGGUGUGCUGGAAAAUUAGGCAACAAAAUAAGAAAGCGAAGAGGCGGGAGAGUCAGACAGCACUUGUGGCACAUCAGCGAACCUUGUUUGGGUAAAGAUCACCGGGAGAGGGCUGGACAGAAGACGGAGCCCUUGUAAAUCAACUUGACUAUUUAUCAAGAGGUCAGAUUGCAGGAUUUAAUUUAACGUUGGAAAUGAAUUGAAAUGAAAAUGGAACAGUUUAAGAAAGACUCUAAAAACUCCACAAAUGCUCUUAAUAUUUUUCUUACUGCAGGCUUUGUGGUAAUUCUUUCCAAGACAGAGGGAAAAUCAUUUUCCUUCACGGAAAACAGUGUUGUCAUAACUGCAAUCCAGAGCAUUCUGCAACAUGCUGAUCAUGUUGGAAAGAGAACUUGUGAAAACUAAGAAAAUAAUUUUAACUGACUUAAAAUGCCAGAGAUCUCCUUAAAUACUGUGACAUUUGACCAAGGGAGAAAUCAUGGCGUUUGAAGUGAUGACAAGGUUAUGGCCAGAUUGCCAGUGACAAUAACGUUGUUGCUCAGAAAAAAAGCAGUAACAACCAAGCAAACUGCAGACUGCUCGAUAAGCUGAUUCUUAGAUUUCUAGGUAACCUUUUCUCCCCAGUGAUAUCUGUGGUACUUUCCCCCCCACUUUUUUUAAAAACAAACUAAUAUUAAUUUUGUUUUCCCAUUGAAUAGAAAUAGGUAGAAAUGUGUAAUUAUAUUGUCUAACCUAAAUAACGAGGUAUGAGUAUAGCUUCGAUGUGAGACUUUUGUAAAUUAAAGUGGUCAGGUUUAGCACUUUUCAUUAUUUUACUAUAAAAUUAAGAAUUAAAUUUCAUUAAAAUAAUAUUCAAUGCUACUAGAGCUUUAUAAAAUUUUUUUUAUUGCUAUCAGGAUAACUUAUGUCUUCAACUUUGACUACUACUACUUUUUUUUUUUUGUAGAACAACAGCUGUGACAGUAACUGCGAACAUACAUACCACUGAUCUGUUCCAAAAAUCUCUAUAGACCAUGGAUUUUGAUUUGACAGCCCAUUCCUCUUGCAGCUUCAUUAACAACUGAAUUAUUGAAAAAUCCUAGGGGUCAGUUCCUCAGACACUUAUUGGCAUAGUCCGUUUUACUGAGUUUAUUAAUAAUUACUCGUGGAAGCAAAGUCAUUCAUGUAUAAGUGUUUGCUGGAUGAGUGUCGGGGUUAUGAAUCUGUGUGAAAAUGCAGGUCUCAGGUGCCCCCGUGUGUGUCCGAGAUAUUUGAUUCUGCAAAUCUUGUGUUCCAGAGGUCUUCCAACUUUUCUCAGGUCAUGAAUAAUUGAGGGACUGGCCCCAAACUGGAGCAAAGCCAAACAGUAUUUCAUCGUUUCUAUGAUGGAGGGCAAGCGGCGCUGAGCUCAGCUACAGGCCUCCACCUCCGUGAGUGUUUGUGAGAGCAUUCAAAGGCAAAGGGGAUGCUUGGAGUCCUCUUUUUCUUUUUUCUCCCCCCGGGCUCAA